ACUCGAAAAGCUUUUCCAACAUAUUUCUCAGCUGAACGACACCGUUUGGUUGAACGCUUUCUUUAGGACGGGCACCAUAUCGAUGAAACAGGGAUUAGAAACGCAUUUUUGUAUAAUGUUCGAAAGAAAUUGAUUGUUUAGAGGACAUGUCCUACUCACACAUCAACCGAAGGUUCUAGAAUGGUCAUGUGAUGUGGUUUGACCAGUUGUUGCAUUUUGAAAAAUACCCUGGGUUACCCGUGAUUUUUUUUUAAACAAAUGCCUCUAGCUGUCAAACUAUCUAGGUUACAACAUCGAAAAAAGGACGUGAAUGUCAGUGAGCUUACGGUGAACCGAUGUUUGAUGUUAGUAGGAUAUUUGUGUUUAAGUAAAACUAAAUCCUGUCCCACGCUAUAGAAUAAAUCAAGAACUGAAUGUAGCACGUGAACUGGUUUGACCAAUCACCGAUCGACUUCUGAACUGAAGUGUAUAAAUAUGAGGCGGUUGCCCAUAGAGACGUCCGCCAUUGAAGACUGGUUUUCAACGUACUUAAUAUUGUUUAAACCUUGUAUUGUGUUUUAUUCGUUAAAAGGCAAAAAAUAGCACCGUUUUUAUCCACCGCAUCAUCUGCGAAAGUCUCAUUGGGCAUCCUUCCAGCAGAACACGGUCGGCAAAGAGCGUCUGUCUCAGUUCGGCAGUAAAAACAAUCUUGUGCCAGAGACCGAGAGUGGUCUUGGAGGAAUAUGUGUGAGAGCUGAGAUACAGGAAACAAGUGCCGCUCUGAACUCCUAUCCCGUGUCUACCGAGCUUUGGACUGCACCACGAUGACAGACGCCGUAUGUCCCCCAAUGUCCAUGGAGGGAGGCGUGAACCCUCCUCCCCCGGAGUUCAACAAUCCCAAGAAGCCCGGUCGCAUCACAAACCAGCUGCAGUACCUGGAGAUGGUGGUGGUCAAGGUCCUGUGGAGACAUAACUUCUCCUGGCCUUUCAGGACGCCUGUGGAUGCUGUCGGACUGCACAUUCCAGAUUACUAUACAAUUAUCAAGACGCCAAUGGACUUGAGCACCAUCAAGAAGCGUCUUCAGAAUAAUUAUUACUGGAAAGCGAUGGAAUGCAUAGAAGACUUCAACAAACUGUUCACCAACUGCUAUGUAUAUAAUCGGCCUGGAGAUGACAUAGUUCUGAUGGCCCAGGCCUUGGAGAAGAUAUUCCUACAGAGAGUGGCUGAGAUGCCCCCGGAGGAGACUGAGAUAUCUGCCAUCACAACCAAGACCCCAGUGAAGGGUGGGAGGAAGUCCUCUGCUGGUAUGAUAAAGCGGAGGCCCCAGUCCCCUGUGUCUGAGGUGGUGUUCCAGCAGACGGUGACGGUCAUCCCUCUUGAGGCCCACCACACCAUCCUCCCUGCUGCCCAGCUCUCCUCUCAGAUAGCAGCCAAAAUCGAGAAGGGUGUGAAGAGAAAAGCAGGCGCCACCACGCCAACAACCUCUUCUCCGAUCACCAGCUGCGAGUCGUCCCCCGUCGUCGAUGGCUCGACGCCCUGUAAGCUGUUCUCCAGGCGGGGCAGCGGUCGGCCCAUCAAACCCCCCAGGAAAGACCUGCCUGAUUAUCACCAGAGACAGAAUAGUAAGCUCUCGGAUCAGCUCCGCUUCUGUAACUGCAUCCUGAAGGAGAUGUUCACCAAGAGGCAUGCGGCCUACACCUGGCCCUUCUACAAGCCGGUGGAUACGGAGGCCCUGGGUCUACACGACUACCACAACGUCAUCAUGCAGCCCAUGGACCUGGGCACCAUACGGAAAAAAAUGGUUGAACGUGAAUACAUGGAUGCCCAGGAUUUUGCUGCUGAUUUCAGACUCAUGUUCUCCAACUGUUACAAAUACAACCCACCCACCCAUGAGGUUGUUAUUAUGGCAAGAAAACUCCAGGAUGUGUUUGAGGAGCGCUGGCUGAAGCUUCCAGAUGAGCCGGUGAGGAGGGUGGGUGGGCCAGGACACCACGGUCACCACAGGGACAAGAGAGGGAGAGGAGAUGGGCCUGAGAGCUCCUCCAGCACAGGCAGCAGUACCGGCGAGAGCUCCUCAGAGUCCGAGUCCUCCUCAGACUCUGAGGAGGAAGAAGAGGCCAGAGCUCUACGGUUGGCUAAGCUAGAGGAACAGUUGAAAGCGGUGCACGAUCAGCUGCAGAGACUCACCCAGGAGCCCCUGCUCAAACCAAAGAAGGAGAAAUCAAAGGAGAGAAGAAAAAAGGAAAUGAGUCGAAGACCGAAGCAUGAAGACUUGUGUAAACCCAAAAUACAGAAGAAGUGCAUUAACAAGGGAACGCCAUCUGUGCACGGUAAGAGGAGGAAGAUGGCUCUCCCUGUGGUGCCCUAUGAGUCUGAGGACGACGAGGUGCUAGCGGUGCCCAUGUUGUACGGUGAGAAGAGGCAGCUGAGCCUGGAUAUCAACAAACUGCCGGGGGACAAGCUGGGCAAGGUGGUGAACAUCAUCCAGGGCAGGGAGGCCUCGCUCCGUGACGCCAACCCUGAGGAGAUAGAGAUCGACUUUGAGACCCUCAAGCCCUCCACACUCAGGGCCCUGGAGAGCUUCGUCACGACCUGCUUCAGGAAACGGCCCAAGAAACCCAAGCUGAAUAAGCUGGUGAGAGCCAAAGGAGAGAUGCAGACUGUGAAGGAGCAGAAUGCAGAGAAACCUCGCCAGAGUAUUACCGACGAGCCAAGCUCACUGGCCAAGAAGAAAAAGGCAACAAAUGAGCCCCCUACAGCUCCUCCUGUCCCAGACCUGGGCCGGCUGUCCCGUCUCAGUGAGAGCAGCAGCUCUUCCUCCUCCGUCUCUGACUGCUCCAGCAGUAGUAGUGAUUCUUGCACUUCUGAUAGCAGUGACUCUGAAUCAGUAAAGAAAUCUGAGAAGAAAAAGAAAUGCAAAGCCACUCCACUCAAAAUCAAGAAUUCCAAAAAGAAGAAAUCCGAUAAGAAAGACCCAGUGUCGGAGUCCUCUCUCCAGACCAGCCAACCCCCGCCUGCCUCUGCCUCGCUAGUCCCAGCAGUAGUAACAAAAGACCUGCCUCCUCUAGAGCUACUCACGUCUCCCCCAGCCUUACACAGCCGCCUGCCUCCGCAGCCUUCAAGACCAAGUGACAAAGCAGCACCACUACCUCGCAAAAACAGGGUGGCCCCCCUGCAGCCCACUGACAGUCAGCCCCAACAACAGCAGGACCUGCUGGUCCCCUCUGAGAGCCCCACUACUCCCUCUCUCACUCCCCCUUCUUCCUGUGACCCCACUCUUACUCUGCCUACAGACCCACUCAACACAACAGCUGCACUCACACACGCACCUCCCUCCAGCCUGCUCUUUUCCCUUCAAACCCCUCCCUCUCCCCUAGUACUCCUCCCCUCUCCUCAGUGUCGAUCACUAGCCCAGACACAGGAGGUGAAAACUGGGCCACCUGAUAGGGCACACCAGGAAGCAGGUCUGUCUGUGCUGCUGACCCCUCUGACCUCUCCUCCUGCAGUUUUACUACAGGCUGCUGAUAGCAGAUAUGAGCAGCAGCCGUGCCCAGUGCUGUUGUCCCCUCUACAAGACAGCCCAUUACAGCCAGUGAAGGAUGACGGGAGGCUCUCUGAAGCACUGGGGGAGACCCACUCCAAGAUUCUGCAGAAACAGCCUUAUCCCAGACACUCUGAUGGUGUGUUUGAUGUUGGAAACACCAGCCUCUCUCAUUCAGCUAAUAAACCCACUGCAGAUGGAAAAAGCACACCUGCCAAAAAGGAUAUUGUCCUGAAGAACGCAGACUCCUGGGCUAGUUUGGGGAAGAUAGCCAUUUCCACUCCCUCCACGGUGAAGUCUUCAAAGGAGAGCUUUGAUAAGUUCCGCAGGGCAGCCAUUGAGAAGGAGGAGAGAGAGAGAGCUCUCACUCUAAAGAGGACGCAGAUGAAGGCUUCAGGGAAGAGCAGCCUGACCAUGCCAGUAUUGUUGCCAGUGGCAGUACCAGUGCCACCUAGAGCUGCGGAACAAGAGCACCUUCCAUGUAGAACUCCGGCAGCAGAGAUCCCCAUGCCGACGGAGGCAAUCGGGGAGCCUCAGCCUCCUAGAGCUCCAGAGCCCCUGAAAGAGGAGCCUCCAGCGGCUGCCUCAACCCCACCUCCGCCCUUCACUACCCAGACUUCUGUAGACGGAGAGAGGGAGAUGGCCCGCAGGAGAGAACAGGAGCGACGCAGACGAGAGGCUAUGUCUGGUGUCAUUGACAUGACAAUGCAGAGUGACAUCAUGGCAACAUUUGAGAAGAACCUGGACUAAAAUAAAAUGGCAGCAGACCAUGCAGCUGGUGACUGACGUCUGUCUUCUGUUGUUGUUGGACAAUAAAUAAUAGAGCUUGUUGUUUUAGUAAACGACACCCUAGGCGCCUUCUCUCCCUCCAGACACUGGCUGUCUGAACCAACAACGCUGCAUCUAGAUGACGGAAACGGGUCAUUAUGCCUGUGUCCCAAAUGACAUCCUAUCCCCUAUAUGGUGCACUACUUUUGGGCCUGAUUGGCUCUGGUCAAACGUAAUACACACAAAAAAAAUGGAAUAGAGUGCAAUUUGGGAUGCAGGCUAUUAUUAUCCUUAACAGGAGAAGCAUGUACUGUAGCAUAGCAACCUCACAUGACAUAACCCCAGUACAUUUUAGUAUUGUUGUAAGAAGAUGCUGUAAAAUAUUGAUAUUGCAAAAAAUAUACAGUACCAGUCAAAAGUUUGGGGACCUACUCAUUCAAGGGUUUUUCUUUAUUUUUACUAUUAUUCUACAUUGUAUAAUAAUAGUGAAAACAUAAACUAUGAAAUAACACAAAUGGAAUCAUAUAACCAAAAAAGUGUUAAACAAAUCUAAAUAUAUUUGAGUUUCUUCAAAGUAGCCACCCUUUGCCUUGACAGCUUUGCACACUCUUGGCGUUCUCUCAACCACCUUCACGAGGAAUGCUUUUCCAGAAGUCUUGAAGGAGUUCCCACAUAUGCUGAGCACAUGUUGGCUGCUUUUCCUUCACUCUGCGGUCCAACUCAUCCCAAACCAUCUCAACUGGGUUGAGGUCGGGUGAUAGUGGAGUCCAGGUCAUCUGAUGCAGCACUCCAUCACUCUCUUUCUUGGUCAAAUAGCCCUUACACAGCCUGGAGGUGUGUUGGGUCAUUGUCCUGUUGAAAAAUAAAUGAUGAUGAUGUCCCACUAAGUGCCAACCAGAUGGGAUGGUGUAUUGCUGCAGAAUGCUGUGGUAGCCAUGCUGGUUAAGUGUGCCUUGAAAUCUAAAUAAAUCAGUGUCGCCAGCAAGCACCCCCCACACCAUCACACCUUUCCGUGCUUCAAGGUGGGAACCACACAUGCGGAGAUCAUCCGUUCACCUACUCUGCAUCUCACGGAGACACAAUGGUUGGAACCAAAAAUCGCACAUUUGGACUCAUCAGACCAAAUAACAGAUUUCUCCCGGUCUAAUGUCCAUUGCUCGUGUUUCUUGGCCCAAGCAAGUCACUUCUUAUUGGUGUCCUUUGGGUAGUGGUUUCUUUGCAGCAAUUCGACCAUGAAGGCCUGAUUCACGCAGUCUCUGAACAGUUGAUGUGUCUUUGCGACUGCACUUGAAGACAAAGUUAUUAAUUUUCCAGAUUGACUGACCUUCAUGUCUUAAAGUAAUGAUGAAGUGUUGUUUCUCUUUGUUAUUUGAGCUGUUCUUUCCAUAUUAUGGACUUAGUCUUAGCCCUAUUUGGUAAAUCUUCUGUAUUCCAUCCCUACCUUCUCACAACACAACUGCUUAGCUCAAAUGCAUUGAGGAAAGAAAUUCCACUAAUUAACUUAAGGCACACCUGUUAAUUGAAAUGCUUUCCAAGUGACUACCUCAUGAAUCUGGUUGAAAGAAUGCCAAGAGUGUGCAAAGCUGUCAUCAAGACAAAGGGUGGAUACCUUUUUGAAGAAUCUCAAAUAUUACAUAUAUUUUGAUUUAACACUGGUUACAUGAUUCCAUGUGUUAUUUCAUAGCUUUGUCUUCACUGUUCUUCUAACAAUGUAGAAAAUAGUAAUAACCCUGGAAUGAGUAGGUGUGUCCAAACUUUUGACUGGUUGUGUGUAUAUAUACUCAGCAAAAAAAGAAAUGUCCUCUCACUGUCAACUGCGUUUAUUUUCAGCAAACGUAACGUAUAAAUAUUUGUAUGAACAUUCGAUUCAACAACUGAGACAAACUGAAUAAGUUCCACAGACAUGUGACUCACAGAAAUUGAAUAAUUUUCCCUGAACAAAGGGGGGGAUGGGGGUCAAAAGUAACAGUCAGUAUCUAGUGUGGCCACCAGCUGCAUUAAGUACUGUAGUGCAUCUACUCCUCAUGGACUGCACCAGAUUUGCCAGUUCUUGCUGUGCGACGUUACCCCGCUCUUCCACCAAGGCACCUGUAAAUUCCUGGACAUUUCUGGGGGGAAUGGCCCUAGCCUCACCCUCCGAUCCAACAGGUCCAAGACAUGCUCAAUGGGAUUGAGAUCCAAAGGCAACGUUGCCGGUGAUGUCUGGGAGGACUUGCCUUACAACGGGCAUACAAGCCCUCAGUCCAGCCUCUCAGCCUAUUGCGGACAGUCCGAGCACUGAUUGAGGGAUUGUGCGUUCCUGGGGUAACUCGGGCAGUUGUUGCCAUCCUGUACCUGUCCCUCAGGUGUGAUCUUCGGAUGUACCGAUUCUGUGCAGGUGUUGUGCGUGGUCUGCCACGGUGAGGAUGAUCAGCUGUCCGUCCUGUCUCCCUGUAGCGCUGUCUUAGGCGUCUCACAGUACGGACAUUGCAAUUUAUUGCCCUGGCCACAUCUGCAGUCCUCAUACCUCCUUGCAGCAUGUUCACGCAUAUGAGCAGGGACCCUGAGCAGCUUUCUUUUGGUGUUUUUCAGAGACAGUAAAAAGGCCUCUUUAGUUUCCUAAGUUUUCAUUACUGACCUUAAUUGCCUACCGUCUGUAAGCUGUUAGUGUCUUAACGACCGUUCCACAGGUGCAUGUUCAAGAAUGUUUAAACCCUUUACAAUGAAGAUCUGUGAAGUUAUUUGGAUUUUUUUUCCUUUGAAAGAUAACACUUUUUUCAGGACCUUUUUUUUUGCUGAGUCAUACAUACACACACACACUUAACGAACCAUAUAUAGAUGGAAUUGGACUUUUUGUACUUGUGAUGGUAAAUACCAGCUGCACUGAAGUGAUGCUUAACUCUUAGAGAAAGAAGAGUAAAAAAUUAAGAGCUGUUGAAAAAUGUUCCACCAACAUGUUCGGUCCUCUUUUCCUUUUCACCUAGCUUGCGUCACAAAUGGCACCCUAUUGCCCUUCUGAUCAGAGCACUAUAUACGGAAUAGGGUGCCAUUUCGGUCGUUGACUUGGUGAGUCCUCCCAUGUACACCAGAGGAGGCUUGUGGGAGGCGCUAUAACAGGAUGGACUCAUUGUAAUUGCUGGAAUGGAAUAAAUUGAACGGAAAACACGUUUGACUGUUCCAUUUAUUCUAUUCCAGCCAUUACAAUGAGACUGUCCUCCUAUAGCUCCCCCCACCAGCCUCAUCUGGUGUUCACAUCAACCUGUUUACACGCUUAUUAACGUUCCAACUUUUUGACUUGGCUAAAUGCAUAACCUGACUUUUUUUUGGGGGGGGGGGCUUGACUCCAAUAGUAAUACUAUUAUGUAUACCAUGUACUGUAUAGUUUAUCUCCAGUUCUUUACUCCUUCAUGUCAUUCAUAGUUAAUUCUGCACCUUUUUGUGAAAAAUAUUCAAUAUGAUGCUCUGAGCUAUACUGUACAUGUUAUUUUUUACUUAUUUGGGAACAGAUUUUUUUAUACUUGUGUGGACAUACAAUAUUUGUCUGUAUAAAACUAUACUUAGUAUUUUAUUACACAGAGGCUGGGGAUGUCGGUCUUAUUUAAAACUACACUUUACCUUGUUUAGGUGCCAUAUAUAUAGUGGCGUGCUUAGGGAAACAACUAGGCAUUGUUGGUGCCUAUAUUGUGUUUUUUUUUCUAAUGGGAUCCAAACCUGACUACAUUUAUUUUGGCAGACAGACUUUAAUGUUUUUUAUCCUAUGGUUCUAGCGGUUCUGCAGUGGGUAUUUUUUUUAUUUUCACUUUGACAUGAACAGCAGCACUUUACUCUGUAUCUUGUGGUAUGAGUGCAUGUCAUACCAUAUAGAGAAAGAACUAAUAUAAUUGAGAAAAUCACACAAAGCUAAAUCAUUAAAUAUUUUUAAUUAAAGCACUGUU